AUGUUUCCGGAAGUCAUCCGGUGUUUCAGUCCUGUGACAUCAGACGUCCUCGUUCAGGUGACCCAGCCAAUGGCGAUCGACCUCUGCUCUCCUCCCUCGUCUCUGCAGCCACGUGCGCACUUCGGCUCCGGUCCCCAGCAGAAACACAGAACCUUCUAUGAGUUGCGCACCUACUGCAUCCGCCCGGAUCAGAAUGCCGCCUUCCUCAAGCUGACCAAUGAGAAGAUCCACCUGCGCACUGCCCACUCCGAGCUGGUUGGCUACUGGAGCGUUGAGUACGGUGGCCUGAACAAGGCCUUCCACAUAUGGAAGUAUGACAGUUACGCCCAGCGGGCAGAGGUCAGGGCGACGCUCGCUCAGGAUCCCGCCUGGGUGUCAGAGUACCUCUCCAAGGCCUUACCAAUGCUGACGUCACAGGACAACGAAGUCACCUAUAUGGUUCCUUGGAGCCGCCUGCAAAGUCCGUUGCAGGAGGGUGGUGUGUACGAGCUGGUUUCUUUCCAGAUGCGUCCUGGUGGACCAGCAGUUUGGGGAAAGGCCUUUCAGGCCGCUAUCAAUGCCCAUGAUGCACCUGGGUACGGCAAGCUGAUAGGAGUUUUCCACUGCGAGUUUGGACUGCAAAAUAGAGUUCACGCCCUCUGGUGGUUUGAGAGCCCCGACCAUAGAGCUGAAAUCCGACACACAGCUCACCAUGAUGCCAGAGUGGUGGCUGCAGUGAGAAACAACAUCGUCAAUCUGGACUCUCAGAGGAACCAGCUCAUGUUGCCGUGUCCUUUCUCGCCUCUGAAGUAACUUCCUGUCCUGAUGCCCGCCUCUCACCCAGAACAAAGUUUAGCAUGCAAACCUGAUCUUUAGUUUGACCUACUUGGGCCUCUGUAGACGCAGACGCGCUCAGCAGCAAGUGUUGGCGACAGCAUCCAAUUGCACGGUGUGACUGCUAAAAGGUGGGCGGGGCUUCUCUUUGCUUUAGGUUAACUGACUGGCUGCUUUAAAGUGUGAAAAUAAACUGUCACGUGCCUCUCAGACUCUGUGGACUGUUUUUCCGCUCAUGGAUGGAAUUAUUUUCCACAAAGCUGGGACUAAAAAAUAUUUAAAUAAAGGAGAUGAUUUACACGUCAUUUCACGCCUGUUAUCCGAUAACAUCUGGAGCAGUUUACACAUUCACCUAACAGGUGAAAGGUCCCUCAUUUGGCUCAGAGAGUGGUUGCAUCAGCCAUGUAUGGAGCUACCUGCUGUGAAUAAAGGAGCAGCCCAAAGUAGCUUUAUAUAUGAUAAUAUCUGGUACAAAGACAACCUAUAAAAAGGCUGAAAACUGAGAAUCAAGUAGAGCUGGGUUAAAAUCUGGAGCUUUUUAAUGUAAUUUUGAUCGUGUUGUUUUCUGAGAAAACUUAAAUUUUAUCCAAAAUGCACUUUUUAAGGCAUUGUGUCACCACGUGUGAUGGGUGGCUGCUCAAAACAAGUUGGAACAUGUGAAAAUUCCCAUUUUCACCUAUUUUUAACACCAGGAUCAACAUCCAGUCCCUUUUCUUCCACCAAAGGGAGAGAGCAUGUAAUCGGUCUGUUUGUCUGUUUGUUAGCAGUCAGGCGUCCACAGUUUAAGGUUUCAUUUUUAAAUUUUGUGUGAUGGUCGCGGGUCAAGGUCACAGCAACUGUGAAAAUCAGUAGAAACGUUCUACUUCCCACAAUUUUUAUACAUAGUCUUCAAACUUUAUAUCAAUACACAAAGGCCAUGGGGGGCACGAGUACCAAGGUUGGCUAAGCAUUUGAUCUUCAUUGUUGGGAUCCAAGGUCAAAGCUGACCUUGGAAAAAAAAAACAUGGAGUAAUAUAUUAUAUGAAAAGACACAGAGACGCCAUAACAGGUUGGUGGCAUCGUGUGGUAAUACAAACAUCAAAGUUUUAAUGCAGCCUUUAGCCUUCAGGGGGCGAUGUGAGCUAUGGAUGCUCUCCUGUAAUAGCAGUUUUACUAGUAUUCAGGUAAAAUCAGCUGAUUCUGAUGAAAUGACCCUAAAAGCUUAUUUAACCCAGUGGGAAAGCAUCUCAUUCAAAAUAAAGAAGAAAACUUAAGAUUUCUAGAAUUUGAAGAUUUCUUGGUUUUAACAUGUUUUCUUUUCUUUCACACAAAAACUUCAAACUGUGUGUAAAUCUGAAUUCUGUCUUUACAGUUUAGACUUUAUUUUUAUGCAUGUCCGCCUCAGGGCCUUUAACCUUUGGCCACAUGGAUUAUGAACAGUAACAUUACUUGGUUCUUCCUUAAAAAGUGGGUGGACAAGCAGAAACCUGCAAACUGAUCAGCACUGAUAGCCAGCACGUCACAGAGAACUGCAGCAGAAGAAGAGUCUUUGCUUGAAAUUUGAUUUAUUUGCUAAUAAAAGCCUUUGAAACAUGAAA